GGUUUAUUCGGUAAUCGGUAGUACCCGUUUAAACCCUACGCAGCAGAAACGCCUACAUUCAAGAGUUUCAUGUUCAUAUGUUUUUUUUUUUGCGGGUUUAGGGUUUAUCAGUAUCACCAAUCUCAAAUUAACUCAAUCAAUCCAUCAAAUACAACCCGAAAGGAAGAUUGUCAGCCAUGGCUGGCUCUCGACUUCAAGCUAAUAAACAGCAUAAGUCUCGAUUUGCUUCCAAGUCCUCUCGCAAUGCCCACAAAGUUCCCUUGAAAGAAAAGCACAAACUCACGAAAUCUGAUGGCAACGUUGGCAAAGGAGCUCGAGCUGUUCGUUUACAGCGUGCCAAGAUGCUCAGAGACCAGAGCCGGGCUGAAUUAAUGAAGCAGAAAAGGUCCAUGUCUGGAUCAGGGGCUCCACCCCGUGUCAUUGUUUUGUUUGGUUUGUCGUCCGCUGUGAACGUGAAUUCACUCGAAGAUGAUCUUCUUGCCUUAUUUUCGUCUUCGUUGCCCCAGAGGAAUGAGGUUCAGUAUCCUACAGUGGCUUCCUCCGAGUACAAGAUGAGAGCAACUAUAUUGAAAGCACCUUACGGCGACUUGUCCAGUUGCAUGGAAAUGGCUAAGGUUGCUGAUCUGAUUGCUUUUGUGGCAUCAGCCUCUUCUCCAAGUGAAGAAGCGAAUUCUGAAGCUUACAUUGAUGCAUUUGGAUCUCAAUGUCUUUCGGUGUUCAGGGCCAUUGGUCUACCUAGCACUGUUGUCUUGAUCCGUGAUCUCCCUGAAGUGCUGAAAAGAAAACAUGAUCUGAAGAAAACGUGCAUCUCUAGCCUUGCUUCAGAAUUUCCGGAAGAUUGUAAGUUUUAUCCAGCUGAUACAAAGGAUGAAUUGCACAAGUUUCUGAGUCUUUUCAAGGAGCAAAGACUUACAGUUCCUCAUUGGCGAAAUCAGCGUCCGUACCUUGUUUCUGAAAAGGUUGACUUGGUUGAUGAAGAUUGCUCUACUGGAAAAUGUACCCUCCUUCUGACGGGUUAUUUGCGUGCUCGCUCUUUGUCUGUAAACCAGCUGGUUCAUGUUUCGGGUGCAGGGGACUUUCAGUUAUCGAAAAUUGAGCUUCUCAAGGAUCCAUGUCCUCUCAGUGUGAGGAAAGGAGACGACUUUAUGGAUUCAGAUGAUAACAUUAUCCAGGUCACGAGGUGCAUUAUGCCUGAUCCAAUGAAGCAAGAGCCAUUGCUUGUUGAAAAUAUUCCUGAUCCAUUGGCAGGGGAGCAGACGUGGCCAACAGAGGAAGAAAUGGUUGAAGCAGACAAGAACCAUAAGGAUAAAAAGCUGAAGAAGAGGAUGCUUCCUCCUGGGACAUCUGAGUAUCAGGCGGCUUGGAUUGUAGACGGUUCUGAUAUUGACUAUUCAGAUACUGAUGAAAGUGAAAAUGAAAAUGAUAAUGAUGCCAUGGUUGUGGAAGGAAAUGAGAAUGGAUUUGGAAAUGGUUUCGAGCCUGAUGAUGAUGAUGCUUCUCUUCCAGGGGAAUAUGAUGAUCACACUGAAAUAGAUAUUCAGGAUGCUGAAAACCUGACCAAACAACAAAUUGAGGAGGAUAUAAGACGAAUUAAAGAGGCACAUGCCGAAGAUGAGGAAUUUCCUGAUGAAGUGGAUACGCCAAUUGAUGUUCCUGCUCGGAAGCGGUUUGCCAAGUAUAGAGGCCUCAAAUCUUUCAGAACCUCUUCAUGGGAUCCAAAAGAAUCUCUUCCAGUAGAUUAUGGUAGAAUUUUUGCAUUUGAUAAUUUCCGAAGGACUCAAAAACAUGUUCUUGCAAAAGCUGAAGAAAUGGAGCAAGGCGAUUCGGAUGAGUGCAUUAGAGCUGGUUCAUAUGCAAGACUUUAUAUUAAAAAUGUGCCUAAUGAUGUUGUGUCCAAGUUAUCGGACUUAACAAAGAGAGCACCCAUAAUCUCUUGUGGUCUGUUACAGCAUGAGUCAAAAGUUUCAGUCCUUCAUUUCAGUGUACGGAAACAUGACAAAUAUACUGCACCUAUUAAAGCUAAAGAAGAACUUAUCUUUCACGUUGGCUUCCGACAGUUUGUGGCAAGGCCUUUAUAUUCAUCUGACAAUUUGAAUUCUGAUAAGAGCAAAAUGGAGAGAUUUCUUCACGCAGGGCGGUUUUCAAUAGCUUCUAUUUAUGCUCCAAUUUGUUUCCCGGCGCUUCCUGUAAUUGCCUUAAAAAAUGGUGAAGAAUCUACUUUACCAGCUGUUGCUGCUGUUGGGUCACUGAAGAGUGUUGACCCAGAUAGGAUUAUUCUGAAGAAAAUAAUUUUGACCGGAUAUCCUCAGAGAGUCUCAAAAGUAAAAGCGACUGUACGGUACAUGUUUCAUAAUCCAGAGGAUGUGAGAUGGUUCAAGGUGAGAGAAGUUCUCUUCUAAAACUGUUUGUCUCUUCCUUUGGCGAGUUACUGAUAUUGAGCCUUUUGCAGCCUGUUGAAGUUUGGACAAAAUGUGGGCGCCGUGGCCGGGUGAAGGAGCCAGUUGGUACACAUGGUGCCAUGAAAUGCGUCUUUAACGGAGUUCUUCAGCAGCAUGACACUGUAUGUAUGAGCCUGUACAAGCGCUCGUAUCCCAAAUGGCCUACACAGUGGUUUCCUCUUCUAAAUGCUUAAAUAAUGUUAGAAGUCCGAGGUGCAAACAACACCUUUCUGGCAAUCCCUGUUAAAUGAUGUAGAGCAAGGCUGAUUGGCAACAGGGAUUCUGGGAAUGAAGCUCUGGUUCAGAAUUUGUUAGUUACAAUGAGUAUGUGGUUCCCACUGUCGUGCUCUUGCAGCUAACUCAGUGGUUCCUGCAAGGUCUCUCCUCUAGGUUUUGGAGAUGCCGAAAAUUUUGAUUUGUGUAUUUAUCAUACUCACCGUUUUGUUGAAGGUUGUACUUCAAAUUAUAAUGGAAAAUGAGAGUUGCAAUUCAAUUUUUUGUAGGUGACCGUUACAAUUGCCAUUACAGUUAUUAACAGUUUCCAGCCAAAUUAUGAAUUAGAUCAAUAGCUGUUUUAUACUUCGAGUGAAGGCAUGUCAAAAGAUCUCAUGUAAUACUUUUUGUUCUACACUGCUUGCAACGGUCGCUGAUGUGCAAUUGGCUUUCCCGAUUAAUAAGCAACAAUCUUACUUUUAGAAAUUUAAAAUUUAGUUAAUGCAAGCAGAAUUUUCUAAUGGAAAACUGGAGGUCUGGUAAAUAGAGAAAGCUCUUUGUUGCACUAUUAAUGUAAAGAUUUCGGUCAAAAUCUGUUGAAUAAGUUUCUACAGAGUUUGUAUGUACACAAAAUUGUAUCAGUGCUCAGUAUUUUGCUCUAAUGGUUAAGAAUGUUAAGAAGGGCGACUCUGGUUUUGACCAAGAGCCUAAACACAAUGUCUAGAAUUUCUCCCAAUUCUUGAAUGCUGGAAUCAAUUUCUUCAAGUGCUUUCACAACUUUUCUCAUUUGGGCAAUGUCCCCUUCCUUGUAUGACUUCAACUCAACUUGCACCUUCUCAAUCAAUGGAAGUUCUUGAGACGAUGAUGUUUUCUUUUGUUGUAGAAACUUUGACACCAAAGACUGCCCUUGCUUUGAUGGAGAUAUCAAAGAUAGGGUGGACUCCAACACG